AUGCGGCCCCAUGAUGAUGGUGAUGGUGGCGAGCUUCAGCCGUUCACGAUUGGCGUUGCUGACAGUAAUGAUGACAGCAGGAGCGCCUUUGUUGUGGGCGCAGGUGACAGUGGCAUUGCAGGUGGAGGCAGUCGUGAUGGUGGUGAUGAUGGUGGCAACAAGGGUGGCGAUGACAACAAUGGUGCUGGUGCUGGAUCGAAUGCCCAACAGCAACGGCAGCGGUGGUGGCAGCGUCUCACCUUUGAUAAUGACGACGACGAUGAUGGUGAGGGUGGUGAUGGUAGUGACGACGACGACGACGACGAUGACGAUGACGAUGAUGAUGAUGAUGGUGAUGGUGAUGAUGAUGAUGAUGAUGAUGAUGAUGAUGGUGAUGAUGGUGAUGGUGAUGAUGAUGAUGAUGAUGACACUGCUGCUGCGAUUGCUGCGUAUGAGAACGCCUUCUUUGUGGACACACACGGGAGCGGCGACAUCAGCCAGUACGAGACGUCAUCAUCGGAUGGGGACGACAACGAAGACAGCGGUGCGUUGCGUAAAAGUUUAUGA